GCUGAUGCUAAAUACCUAUGCGAAGUUGGCCGAGCGUUAAGUUUCCAGUAACAUUGUCGUCUAAAAUCAUUCGAGCUCCAAUAUUCCAACCAAAAUUACCUAGUGAAAAACAAAAAUAGAAAAAAAAUUAAAAGCGUAAGAUGGCGUGCUGCAAGAGGCAGGAAGUGCGCAGGGUGUGCAGACCGCAGCCGUCGCUUUUCUCGCGCUUGAAUUGCUUACCAUGCAACCGAAUGUUUUUCUUCAUGGUCGGUGUUGGCAUUGGUGUUUACUGGACCCGGAUUAAGGAAAGAAUCGCCGAGGAAACCAAAGAAGCUUCUAAGGCCGCCGAGAAGAACAAAAAGAAAUAGGACUAUUAUGGACCCCCAUAUAGAACUGGCACAAUCUAGCGUGAGGAGUGUAUGAAGUCGGUGUUACGAAAAAAUGAAGAUGUUUGCUCUCAAUGCUUCGUUUCGUAUCGCCGUCUUGGAUGCGCUGUUCGAGACACUGGCGUGUGCCAGACCCCGGCACUAAAGACUUCCAAACUUUACUUAAUGCAGUGGUGCAACGAUUUGCCCGAAACUCUGGCCUACUUCGGACAAAUCUUGGCACUUUUGUUCACAUCCUGACACAACGCAAAUAAAGUAAUCGAUUGAAUCUUCCAAA